GAGAGAGAGAGAGAGAGAGAGAGGGAGAGAGAGAGAGAGAGAAAGAGAGAGAAAGAGAGAGUGUGCUGGUGAAUGAGUCCAUGAGCUCGCGGACGGUUUAACGGAAACCUUCGUUCUCUGGAUGUUUGAAAUCACCGACUUUCCAUCGCGGGACCGUCCGGCCGAGGAGCGCGCGAGCCUGUGUUUGUGAGGUGAUGGUCAAACUUCUGCACUAAGAUGUAGAAGAGGAGGAGGAAGAGCGACAGAAAGAGAAAGAACCUUGAGUCUGAGCGACACACUGAGAAGAAGAAGAAGAGGAGAGAGAGAGCGAGAGAGAGCGCUGUUCAGACUCACCGCUCGUCCAUACCACACACACACAGCUCCCUGUGACCUCUGACCUCAGCCGUGCACCAUGUGUCACGUGAUCGUGACGUGUCGUUCGAUGCUGUGGACGCUGCUGAGCAUCGUGGCGGCGUUCGGUGAGCUCAUCGCCUUCAUGAGCACCGACUGGCUGGUGGGCUUCCCGCGGACACCGGACACCGUCUUCUCUCCGCAGGGGGCCACGGCGGCGGGCGAAGCGUACCGCCCCACACUGGGCAUCUACGGCCGCUGCAUCCGUCUGCCCCACCUGCGGCGCGGUGUCCUGUGCGGCCCGUACGCCGUGCACUUCUCUGAGAUCGCCAGCAGGUUCUGGCAGGCCACCUCCAUCUUCCUCGCCGCCGGGAUCCUGCUGCUGUGCGCCGUGGCCUUCAUCUCCGUCUUCACCAUGUGCUUCCAGAGCAUCAUGAAGAAAAGCAUCUUCAACGUGUGCGGCCUCCUGCAGGCCAUCGCUGGUCUGUUCCUGAUCCUGGGGCUGAUGCUGUAUCCCGCCGGCUGGGGUUCAGAUAAAGUGCAGGGUUACUGUGGCCCUGACGCCUCGCCCUAUCAGCUGGGCCUGUGCUCCAUGGGCUGGGCCUUCUACACAGCGCUGGGCGGCACCGUCCUCACCUUCAUCUGCGCCGUGUUCUCCGCGCAGGCCGAGAUCGCCACGUCCAGCGAUAAAGUGCAGGAGGAGAUCGAGGAGGGCAAGAGCUUGAUCUGUCUGCUGUGAGGACUGGAGGAGGACUGGAGCGCCUGUGGAUGUGACUUCCUGUGUCUGUGUCUCAUGUUAGAUGAUCUGAUGUGUGUCCGUCUGAUGUAAAUAUACCUGUAUAUACUGUAAAUAUGAUUGUGAAGGAUCGUGGGUUCCAGUCGCCCAGAAACCACUGCGCCGCGUCGCUCGAUCUCGUGUGUGAGGAGACGAUUGUGAACGCUUAUCCAGUGCCAAAAUCACACCAUCCUGAUGCCUUGAGCCGCCGAACCAGACCUGAGACCCACCGAACCAAACACCUGUCUGUCUGUGUGUGUGUGUGUGUGUGUGUGUGUGUGUGUCUGUCCCUCUGUGUGUGUGUGUGUGUGUGUGUGUGUGUGUGUGUGUGUGUGUGUGU